AGAAGUCUGUUAAAGGAGGGCCGCUCGAAGGAGGAAGGUGCGAGGGUUUUCUUGGAUUUAAAUGACCUGACGUGUGCGGUUAUAGAAGGAGGAAUUUUAACAAAGGAAAUGAAUAUCAUUUGGGUGUGGACGGCCAUGGCGACUGUGGAGGUUGCUGUUCUGGCCGAGCUGUCGUCAAGCAGGCAGGAUCAGCUGCCGUGCACAAAGGGCUUUUCACAAGAGGAAUACUACACUAAAACCGAGUCAGAGAUGGCAGAGGGGCAGGCUGUGUUUAAUGUGACAUUCAGGAACUGCGACGAGGGAAAUGUCCAACUGAAGGCUGCAGAUACCUCUGCCUUCACUGUGAGUCAGGAAGGUGUAGUCUACACCCUACAACCGCUGAGCCUGGGAGUAGAGGAAAAGGCUCAGGUCAUGAUCUAUGCUCAAGACCUUCAGUCCAACAGAAUUUGGCACACCAGAGUUCAUCUUGAGAUCAACACUGCACCAGAACAGGUAAAGCCUGGUGAUACAGCACUAACUCAUCCAGUUCCAGAGAUCCUGUUUCCAUGGCGUAGCGUGGUUGUUGGUGGCGAUGGCACCAUGAGGCGGGUAAAGAGAGACUGGGUCAUUCCACCUAUCAAUGUUCCUGAGAACUCAAGAGGGCAAUUCCCAGAGGAUCUAGUCAGGAUUCGUUCAGAUCGGGAUAAGAACCGGAUGCUGCGCUACAGUGUGACAGGUCCUGGUGCUGACCAACCUCCAACUGGUAUCUUUAUCAUCAACCCAAUCUCAGGCCAGCUGUCCGUCACCAAACCUCUGGACAGAGAACACAUCCCUAACUUCCAUUUACGAGCCCAUGCUGUGGAUCUGAAUGGCAACCAAGUGGAGAAUCCCAUUGACAUCGUCAUCAACGUCAUCGACCAGAACGAUAACAGACCAGAGUUCACACACACCAUCUUCAAUGGUUCUGUUCCUGAGGGAUCUAAACCCGGAUCAUUUGUAAUGACAGUGACAGCAGUGGAUAAGGAUGACCCAAAAAUGGCCAAUGGAAUGUUGCGGUACAAGAUACUUUCACAGAAUCCCCAAAGCCCAUCAUAUAAUAUGUUUACCAUAAACAACAGGACUGGUGACAUCAUCACUGUUGCUGCAGGCCUGGAUCGGGAGAAAGUCCCUCAGUACACCCUGAUCAUCCAAGCCACUGACAUGGAGGGAAACCCCACCUACGGCCUUUCCAACACUGCCACCACUGUCAUCAGGAUCACUGACGUCAACGACAACCCUCCUGAAUUCACCACAGACGCAUUCUUCGGUGAAGUUCAUGAGAACAGGGUGAAUGUAAUUGUUGCCAACCUGACUGUGACAGAUAAAGACCAGCCACAUACACCGGCCUGGAGCACAGUGUACCGGAUCAUUGCUGGAGACCCCGCAGGGCACUUCUCCAUCCCCACUGAUCCCACCACUAAUGAGGGCUUGAUCACUGUGGUCAAGCCAGUAGAUUUUGAGUUGACCCGUUCAUAUAUGCUAACCGUGGAGGCAGAAAAUGAAAUCCCAUUGGCCCGUGGCAUUCACAUUCCUCGUCAGUCCACAGCAACUGUGUCUGUGAGAAUCCUGGACAUCAACGAGAGUCCAGAGUUCAGUCCCAACCCCAAGACUAUUAAACUGGAAGAAGGUUUGCCGGCAGGAUCUUUGCUCACAACUUUCACUGCCCAGGACCCUGACCGCUUCAUGAGGCAGACUGUCAGAUACUCCAAGAUCUAUGACCCAGCCAGCUGGCUGGAUAUCGACCCAGUAUACGGAAGGAUUUCCACCAUCGCCAUCCUUGAUCGAGAGUCUCCCUUUGUCAAGAACAACCUCUACAAUGUUACAUUCACAGCUUCUGAUAAUGGCAUUCCUCCUGCCACUGGUACAGGAACCCUUCAGAUUCACCUGCUGGACAUAAAUGACAAUGCACCAAAUGUGUUCCCUCCUGAAGUGGAAAUGUGUGAGAAACCAGAUCCAAACUCCUUAAACAUCACAGCCAAUGACCCCGACCUGACUCCCAAUGCUGGACCCUUUGUGUUUGAGCUGGCAAGUCGUCCAUCAGAUGUACGUCGCAACUGGACCCUCAGUCGCCUGAAUGGCGAGUCCGCCCAGCUUCACCUGCGGAUCGGUUCUCUUGCCAGUGGCAUCUAUGAGCUCCCCAUUGUGAUCACAGACUCUGGCAACCUGCCCAUGUCUAACACAUCCUUCCUGAGGGUCAAGGUCUGUCCCUGUGAUCGCCAUGGAGACUGUGUGGACAUGGAGAAAAUGAUUGCCACUGGAUUGGGCACUGGAGCUAUUAUCUCUAUCCUCAUCUGUAUCAUCAUACUAUUAGUGCUGGUUCUCCUCUUUGUGAUGUGGAUGAAGAGGAGGGAUAAAGAGCGUCAGGCUAAGCAACUUCUGAUCGACCCAGAGGACGAUGUCCGAGACAACAUCCUCAAAUAUGAUGAGGAAGGAGGUGGAGAAGAGGAUCAGGACUAUGACCUGAGCCAGCUGCAACAGCCUGAUUCCCUGGAACCAGAGGGUGUCAAAGUGGGGAUCAGACGUCUGGACGAGAGGCCCCUCCACCAUGACCACCAGUACCCCCUCCGCUCUGCUGCCCCUCAACCAGGAGAUAUAGGAGAUUUCAUCCAUGAGGGCUUGAAGGCUGCAGACCACGACCCCACGGCUCCCCCUUAUGACUCUCUGCUGGUGUUUGACUAUGAGGGGAGCAGUUCCACUGCCGGCUCCCUCAGCUCCCUGCACUCUUUGUCAAGCUGUGGAGACCAGGAUUACGAUUACCUCGGCGACUGGGGGCCACGUUUCCGCAAGCUGGCCGACCUGUACAGUGGAGGAGAUGACUAGCAUCGUUGGCCCUGCACUAAUGUCUCCCAUCCCACUGUCCCUGCUGCAAGGGUGGGCUUAAACAGAAAAUACUGGAUUACAUUUGGGUUUUCGCUCAAGACUUCUGUAUUUCAAUGGACCAGCUUGUUUCCGGGAUCUGCUGCCUCUUGAGGGCCAUCAAUGACAGCAAGGGACGAUGGUGACUCUUUACUUAGUGAGGGCCUCCCACUGAUGAUAUGAGAGUUAGCUGUUGUGCUUCUACAUGUGUGAAGACUGAGCUCCGGCAUCCAUACUACAGAUGCUCGCUGACACUUGAGUCUUACAGUACAGCGACACUGGGGUAAAAUGUGCCUUUUUGUGCAUUCUUUUGAUUGUGUUCAACUUAUUAUGUUGAUUUAAAGUUCCUUAGGGUUAUGCAAUAGCAACUACAGGGGCAUAUCCCAUUAUGAAUGUGUGUGUGUUAAUAACCCCCUUUAUUAUUUGUAUUUAUGUCGGGGUGUGUGCGUGUGUGUCACUUGGUGUGUGUGUGUGGGUGGGUGUGCGUGUGUGUGCGAGUGCAUGUGUGUGAGAGAGACAGAGGAAGAGAGACAGAGAGAAAGACAGAGACUGUGAAUCAUUUCGAUGAAGACACACUGGAAAGAUUAUUUAAAGGACAAAGUCUACUUGGGAUGUCUUGGAUGAUUCUACCAGCAAAACAAGGCUUUACUGUGCAGCCCUGUGUCCUAACAGCUCUAAGGAAGCGCAUGCAGGGUCAUUCAUGACAACAUAAUAUUCAUUUGCUGUUGGGUUUUUGUUUUGCCUUUCUUUUAGUACUGACACUAUUUAAAAGCAUAAUCUUUUUGUAUGUAUCUGUUAAUGGAACGAUAAAAAACAUCAGCAUAUGAGUGAAAGCAGUUGCACCAAGAUAUUUCUAUACAUUAUAUAGACAGACACAAACACAUUUUUCUCACUAUGUGACAUUAAAGCAGAUGACGCCUUUACAGUUAGGAUUUUAUGAAGGACAGUUAGGAUUACCAAAAUUAUAUCUGUUCUCAGAACAAUUUCUAAAAACUCAGAAGUUUAUUGAAAUUUUCUUAAGAUUUGGGAAAAUAGCAUCUUAAAAAUGAAUGAUGUUUCAAAUGUUUCCUUUCCAAAGUGUUGCUUAUUCGUCCAUAGAGAAAGAUGAAUUGGCAACACCCAUUUUCCAUAGGAUUACCAUCAUAGCUUUCAUGAUGGCCUCAUUAAAGCAGUGACGUUGGGGACCUUAGGCAACUUUGCAACUUAUUUGGCAACAUGCCUUGGGACAUUGUCCACUUGGAAGACCUCAGUGGACAAUGUCCCAAUCUUCAGCUCCCUUACUGAUGUCUUCAGGUGUUGCUGCAGUAUUUUUACACAAUGUUCUUUUCUUCAUUCAUGUUACAAAGUGCAACAACAUGAUUUAAUCUAACUCAGCACUUCACAAAUGAGAUAAUGUUCUCAGGCUUGCAGACUUUCUCAGUCUAAUAAUGUUCAAUCGGGCAGUCUUAGUUUAAUGAGACCACACCUUUCCAGAAAUGUUGGUCUUUGCAAAAUCCAAUCUGACUUUUUGGGAUGUCUUUGGAAUAGUGGCUUUUUCCUGAACUGGCUUUUUAAUAUACUUGUUACCUGUUUAUUUUUGGAACCCAUCUUUUCCUUAUCAGGACAAUGGUUUGACCAUUCCCAUGGUCUUUAUUCUUGCUUGAACAGAUGAACAUGUCUACUUCAGGCAUCUGAAAACUGCAAACCUUUCUGAUGUCAUGGCUGAUUUUCUAGUGAUUACUCCAUGAUGUCAAGGAAAGAACGAUUGUUUGAAGUGUCACCUUAAAUACAUACACAGGGUUUGCCUCCAUUUAACUCCGAUAUUAACAAAUAACCAAAAUAGGCCAAAAAACUCGUCACUUGGGUUUCAUUAUCCAAAGACAUGAUAAUCUGAGGCUGACAGACACUGUAUGAUUGUUUUGCCUUAUUUUACCCCAAGGUCAUGGUUGCAAAAAAUCAGCAUCAGUCCUGUAGUGGUCGUAGUCAGUUUGCAGGAUGGGUUGACUUGAAACCUUGUUAAUGUGAUAUGUGGUGAAGACUAGAGUCUGCAAGAGUGCGACGGUAACCAAUCCCACCCAACUUCAGCUGCAGUCAAACUAAUAUUUUUAAAUCUUCAGACUUGGACAUAAUUGAUUGGUGAGAACUAACCACCAAACCAGUCUGUGAUGAGUGUUGCUGAUAGCAAACACUAUCAGCAACACUGAAAAAGAGAGAUUGAAACACGAGUUUACAUCAGAGUGUUUUUUGUUUUUUUUAUAAUGAUGAAAAAGAAAAGGCAAACAACAAAAGUAAGGAAUAGAAGUUUAAGAAUAAACUUCCUAAACUGUACAGCCAUAUUUAAAUGGAUCAAACAAUUCAGAUAUAGAGCAAACAAAUAUGCUCUUAAAUUAAAAGUGGCAGUAGUUUAUAUAAAGGGGUUUUUAAGUGCAGCUUAAUUUAAAGAAUUGAAAUCUUAAAAUAACAUACUGUAUUUUCCAAAAAGCUAAUUUUAUCUGAAAUUCAAAACUUAUUCGCGGUAUCCAGUCCAAACCUCAUUAUUGUCUGUUAAGAUACAAAUAAAAACAUAUUUAGAAAAAAGUCCAACAUUAGGUCAUUCCAAAACCCUUCAAGAGCAUGAAAAAUAAAUUACUGUUCCAAAUUCUCAACACAAAAGUAUUACAAAUAAUAGAGCCAACACAUCAUCAAAACCACAUUUCGAUUAGAUUUUUGGAAUAACCUUACAUUGCAACCCUUUAAUUUUGUAGUAGAGUGGAACAGAAUUCAGUCACCACCUGCUAGUAGCAGGUAGGACUGUUUAUCCUUUAACUCUGAAAUGGUUUCCGUUCACAGGCUGUGGAGGAUGUUUUAUGCUGAAAAUUUAAGUUAUGCUUCAAUUUUCUUUUUAUUUAUAUGUAUGCAGAUUUAAAAUUAUUGGCAGUCGUAUAGAAUUUGAGUCUCAUAUUACGUAAUGUCAUUAUUAUUCUUGACCACCAGAUGGGAGUGUCUGCAAAGUUAUGACUGUCCAUUUAUGUAAAUGGACAGUCCAGUGAGGCUGCAGAUGAUUUGAUAAAUCCUGUCAGCCUUCAGCAAGAACAGCUGUGAAGUGUGUGAUCCUCAGUCUGUGAGUGAGGAAAAAGGAAUCUGCUGAACUCAGUUGAUUAUAUAUUGUGAACUUCAAGUCUUUUCAAAAUUAGAAGAUUGAAAGCUGCGCAAUGUGUCUCCUGCUUUUGUAGACCUCUACCAUUGAAGAAGUAAAAAAAAAACAAUAAAACUAUAUAAUACAUUCUUUCAUGUAUUAUAUAGAAAUGCAUAUAUAUAUAUGUAAUAUUUCUGUAUAUUUCUCAAGAUACUGAAAACACAAACAGGACAAGGUUUUUUUUUUAAAUUUUAACUGUUUACUUUCUUUUUGUCCUUUUUGUUUAAAGUUAAAAAAAUGUAUGUAUGCAACAUACAUACAUUUGUAUGUUGCACAUAGAAAUUAUUUUUGGUAAACCUAAAAGACCUAAAGCAGUCAGAUUUAAUGUCACACAGUAAGAAAAACAGUGUGUAUGCUAGCCUGUGUAUAAUCACAUAUUUAAAAAAUCUAGAUCAGUUAGAGUUCUAACAUCAAUUGAAUAAACUGAAAAUGUGGUUCAAAAGUCAAAUUUACAGGGCAAAUGUUAAAGGAGUUCUGCAUGGGCUAUUUAAGUGACAAGUAUUUGUUUGAACAUCAGCAGCUCUGUCAAAACCAACUGAAUUUUAUGGCAGACCAAAACUGACAUAAGAAACAAAAGCAUAAAUAUAUAUUUAGUUUUCCUUGUCCUUAUACGAGUUUCUGUCAAGAAAUGUGUAUAUUUUCUUUUUCAUUUUCCAUAAACUUGCGUUUUUGUCAAGAAAAGUAGAUAUUUUGUUCCGUCUUUUUCUUAUUCAAGCCCUCCUUUUGUCAUUGCCUCCUCUCUUUUUUUUGAAUAGUCCUUUUCUGUCAAAAAAGGACUCUCUGUAUGCAUCUUUAUGUUAAUGAGGAGAGCUGCCUUCUAUGUCCAGCUCCUCUACAGUACUAUUGGCCAAUAGAGCUUUGGAACCAACGUCACUGCGUAAGGCAUUGCGGGGCGUUUACAUCUCACACAGUUGCUCAGUGCCAUCUUUAUAGACCAGUGCUUUUCAAUUCCAGACCUUGGGACCCCCCUGCUCUGCAUGUUUUAGAUGUGCCUCCACACCAGAACAGCUGAUUCAAAUGAUUGCAUGACAUCUUCUGCAGCCACCAAGUACUGCAGGAGCCUGUUUAUCACCCAAAGAUU